AUGAGUGGCUAUGAAAGGGGAUGUGAAAAUUUGAUUGGGACAAAGAUCCAGAGAGGUGAUGCUUCAAUGCAUGGCAGCCAUAUAGGUCCAGUGACCAUAGCACCGGAGUGUACGACGGAGAAUGUUUUUGCAUCUGAAGAUAUGUUGAGAGAUUGGAUAACAUCUACCGGUAAGGAAAAUGGGUUUGUAAUUAUCAUAAAGUCGGCAGAGAGAAUGGCAAAGAACCGAAGGCCAAGGAUGCGGUUUACAUGUCAACGGGGUGGAAAGUUUAGACCAUUUAUCAACAAGGCAAAGGACAAAGGAGGUAAUGUGAAGGAGAAUGGCAAAGAAGCGAAGGCAAAGAAGAUAGCACGCGUCACAGGAACUAAGAAAUGCGAAUGCCCGUUUCAACUGAGAUGUGUUAAGGGGUUGGAAGGUUGGACUGUCACUGUCUACAACGGCAAUCACAAUCAUCCUCCUGCGAAACAGCUUGAAGGGCACACUUAUCCCGCGAGGUUGUCUUUGGAGCAGUCGAAUAUGUUGGUGGAUAUGUGUGUUUCGUCAUUGUCUACACCGCGAGAGAUCCUAAGUCUAAUAAAGGGCAAGGAUGAAUUCAAUGUAAGUUCAAUUAAAACCAUCUACAACGCACGCUACAAGCAUGGGUUUAAGGACUGA